AUGACUCCUACUGUUGCGACGAAGGAGACGACAGAGAACAGGGAUGAACCGCAGAUCAGAUCUGAAGCUGGCGCCAUUCUUUAUGGAAUAACAGCCUUCGCUGCCAUCGGUGGAUUUAUCUUUGGAUAUGAUUUUGGCGUCACUAGUGGUGUGCUGGUUAUGCCCAAUUUCCAAGAAUAUUUCGCUCCUCUCACUCCUGCCAACAAGGGAGCUUUAAAUUCUCUCAUGGGUACUGGUGCUGUCUUUGGCUGUCUCUUUGCUGGAUCAUGCUCGGAUUGGCGCGGUAGACGUGAUUCCAUUGCAUUCUUUGCUCUCGUCUUCGUUGUCGGUGGUAUUUUGCAGUGUGCUGCCCAGAACUUGGGUAUGCAACUGGUUGGACGAUUUGUCUCUGGUCUCUCUGUUGGUGCAUGCUCCGUGCUUUCACCUCUCUACAUGGCUGAACUUGCUCCCAAAGAAAUCCGUGGUCGCCUUGUCGCUUUCCAACAGCUUAUGAUUGAUAUUGGUCUGUUUGUUAGCUCUUGGAUUGAUUACGGAACUGGAGAAAUUGCUGGCGAGUGGAGCUGGAGAGCGCCAUAUGGUAUCCAGAUCAUUCCAGGUCUCAUCUUGGCCAUGUGUCCUUUGCUUUUACCUCGAUCUCCUCGCUGGCUUAUUGAAAAGGGUCGCAAGGAAGAAGCUUUGGCUGUAUUGGCUCGUGUUCAUGGAAGAGGAAACGAAAAUCAUCCAUAUGUUCAACAAGAAUUUAGAGAAAUUCAAGAUAAUGUGGAGCUUGAAAACAAUUUGGCCGUCAAGUCGUAUGUCAGUAUGUUAAGAGAUCCCAAAAACCGUCGUGUUCUCUGGGUCGGAUCAUCCAUUGCUAUUUUCCAGCAGCUCACUGGUGCAAAUGUUAUUAUGUACUAUGCUACCCUCAUGUUUGAACAAGCUGGUCUCCAAGGAUCUGCAUCUCUGCUUGCCAAUGGUAUCGAUUAUGCUCUAAUGGUUGUUUUCUGUAUUCCUGCCAUGUUUAUCGUCGAUCGGGUUGGUCGUAGAAAGCUCAUGCUUACAGGAACGGUUGCCAUGGGUAUUGGUUUUAUUCUCAUGGCCGGUGUAUACGGAGGAGUUGGUCAUACUGUAUGGGAUUCGGUCAACUUAACCCACGCUGUUGACAUGGGAGGAAACAAGGGUGCCGACUACGCAGUCAUUGUCAUCAUCUUCCUGUUUGUUUGCUUCUACGCUAUUACCUGGGCUCCAUGCGCUUGGAUCUACAUUUCAGAAAUUUUCCCACUUCGAAUUCGGUCUAAAGGUUUCGCUUUUGCAUCAGCUUUAUUGUGGGUUGGAAACGUUCUCGUGGGUCAAAUCACUCCCAUUUUGAUGAAUGCCAUCACUUUUUAUACCUAUGUAGUCUACGCAGCUAUUGCCAUUAUCAUUUUCUUGUUCUUGUACUUUUUCAGCCCUGAACCAAAGGGAUUAUCUUUGGAAGAAAUGGAAGUUAUUUUCCAGGGCCCAAUCUUUGUUCACAAUCUCGACUACGAUGCCUAUCUUUCUGCCCAUCGUGAAGAUGUCGAGAAGUUGCGUGCAGAAGUAGAGGCUGCAAAGCAUCGUGGAGAGAAGAAUAAUGGAACGCAGUGGAACGAUGAAAAGAAUCCUGCAUCCGUUGAUAACGUUUCUGUUGAGCAGAGCAAUGUAUGA